AUGGCAACGAGAAACUCUCAGUUCUCAGUCGCAAUUGUUGGGGGAGGUGUCGCUGGUAUGACACUGACCAUCGCUCUUGCUAAGCGAGGCAUCGAUGUCCGAAUCUAUGAGCAAGCACCACAAUUCACUGAGAUUGGCGCUGGAAUCGCCUUCUCUCCUAACGCAAAGCAAGCGAUGAANAAGUGUGACCCGGCUGUCCAUGAAGCCUACCUCCGUGUCGCAACAUCAAGCGGUUCGCCUGAGAAAAUCAACACGUGGUAUGACUUCGUCGAUGGGUACAGCGACAAGGACACCGACCAGUGGCUUUUUGAUGUUACUCGAGAUGCACCGGCUGAUGGCUGUCACCGGGCGCAUUUCCUGGAAGAGAUGAUCAAGCUGGUCCCUGAUGGAAUUGCACAUUUCAACAAGCAUCUCGACGAGAUCACUGACUAUGGGCGAUCCAGCCCUCUCACGUUGAAUUUCUCAGACGGAACAAGUGCGGAGGCUGAUAUAGUCAUCGGUAGCGAUGGGAUCAAGUCAAGCGUUCGUGGAAUGCUAUUUGGAAAAGAUGCUUCUGAAGCCAAGCCUACCUACACACAUCGAUAUGCAUACCGAGGCUUGCUGAAGAUGGAAAAUGCUAUCAAAGCACUGGGGAAAGACUUGGCGACUAACAGGACAAUGCACAUGGGUCAGGAUGGUCAUGUCUUGACUUUCCCCGUAGCACACGGCAAGAUCUUGAACGUGGUUGCUUUCAAAUACGAUCCGGAUGAUUGGACAGACACGAGACUCGUAGUGCCGACCACCAGAGAGGAUGCUAGACGAGACUACAAGGACUGGGGUGGUAAGGUCAGGGCACUUGUCGACCUUCUGGAAGACAAGCUUGACAAAUGGGCCAUCUUUGAUCUGGGCGAUCAUCCAGUCUCGACAUAUGCUAAAGGACGAGUGGGCAUUAUCGGUGAUGCUGCCCAUGCGACAGGACCUCACCAUGGAGCUGGAGCGGGCAUUUGCAUCGAAGACAGCGCAAUCUUGGCUGAACUACUUGAUCUGGCAUGGAAUACGCUUGAAGAAGGAUCUGCCCGGGUUACGAAACCAGAGGCCUUGGAAAAAGCCUUGGAGGUGUUCGAUGCAGUGAGACGCGAGCGGACACAAUGGUUGGUGCAAAGCAGUCGAGAGAGCGUGGAAUUGUAUGAGUGGAGAGAUCGCCUGUGCAAACGUGAUCCAGCGAGAAUCAAAGAGCAAAUCUUGUGGCGGAAUCAUAAGAUCUGGAGGGUAGACAUUGACGAUAUGGUUGCGGAAGCCAACAGGAAGCUUGAAGAGCUCAUCAUGUAA